AUGGACCUCUAUAAGCUCUUUCUCUUGUUCCUUAUGAUGAUCUUGGCUGUUGCUCAAGAUUUUGUUGCCGACUCUUCCCCUGCUGGUGCCAGUAUUACUACUGCCACCAACACUAUUGUUGGCUCCUUCGGUUCGGAACUCUACUCCAUGAUCGAAACAGUUACUUCUACCCAUGUACCUACCGGUGUUGCCUCUGAUGACGGGCUACAAUUGGCCAAAUCGACCGUUUUCUCGACCUCGAUCGUAUAUGUCUCAUAUACCACAAUCGUCGCUACCACUGUCCAAUCUCCAAGCACCAGCACCGAUAUCAUCACGUUUAACCUGACUACGACCCAGCUUUCUCAAGUCACCGCCGUCACAACGGUCUCCACUCAAACGUCGUCAACAGCUACCGGUCUCUGUUACCUGGCCGCCCAAGAUGCAUUGACUCCUUGUACCGCUGCCGUUAUGGCUUCUCCCACAUCGUCCGCUUCCCACACCUCUGGCGUCAUGCGCCAUACACCUAACGGACUCUUCAAGAACUUGGCUUCCUUAAAGCGCCGUGUGUUUGGGACCAAUCACCAUCAGAAGCGAGAGCCAAGCUGUAGCGGUUGGAACGCCGCUAUUAUCAUCACUGCCCUUUCGAUUGCUUUUACACUGGUAUCAAUCCUAUUUUUCACCACGCUUUGCCGAGACAAGCGAGAGGAGUUGCCCCGUGUUUAUGCAUACAGAUGGUGGAUCUAUGGGGCUCAAGUUGCGCUCCUGGCGCUUCUCGUCUGGUUAAUCGUAUGGUCCGCGAUCAAGACGGUUGGGAAUGGCUGUAACUGA